AUAAAGCUGACUGGGGACAGGUUGAGAUCGAGGUGAAUGGGGGGAAGAGAGGAACCUCCUCUGUUUCCUUCACCUACAGGGACCCGAUGCCUGAGGAGGUGACGCCAAAUAGAGGUCCUAAAGCAGGGGGAACCCUCAUUACAAUCUCUGGACUAUUUCUGAAUGCUGGCAGUAAAGAAGAUGUCCAGGUUACCAUCGGAGGGGUGAACUGCAGUGUGGAGCACUUUGGAGAAAAUAUCACCUGCAGGACAGGAGAAUACCGCGUGGAUAAAGUGCCCUCUGACCCUCUCGACGUCGUAAUGAAGUAUGGAAAGAGAACCACAAAAACCAUCCCGGCUACCUUUCGGUUUGUUGAAAACCCCACUGUGCAGGAUCACCAGCCCAAAGCAAGCUUUGUCUGUGGAGGGAGGAACAUUGUGGUAACCGGCUCCGGAUUUGACAUAAUCCAGACUGCAAUCAUGAAGGUCCAGGGAAGCAACUGGUCGGCUUCAGAGCUUGCCCAUGAGAAGAACGACACAGUCAUCCAGUUUCAGUCUCCAACAGUAAACGGCUCCUUAAACCAGCACUUGAAAACAGUCAUCAAGCUGGACAACUGGGAGAAGGAGCUGAAGCCCUUUCACUACCACCCUAACCCCAGCUUCAAUAAUCUACAAAACAAGAUCAUCACUGCAAACAGCAUGAUUAUCGUUACUGGUCGGGGAUUCUCCAAAGCGAUGACAACUAAAGAAGCACAAGCCUUCGUAGGCGACGUUCAGUGUGUGGUCAACACCCUUCAGGAUGAUAAGCUGUUCUUGGAACCACCUUCCACCACGCCUGGUGCUCGUACUCGCGCCAAACAUCAGCACAGAGAGACUGGGUCGGAGGAUCUGGAGCUAAUGAUCAAGUUUGGGAAAGGGGAGUGGGUGGUCGACUCGGUGCAAUACGAGAAGAAGAAUGAUUUCCCGCUCUACAUCAUCAUCCCUGCUGUCAUUGUGCCCAUGCUGCUCAUCAUCACUAUCUCUGUGUACUGCUACAGGAGGAAGAGUCAGCAGGCAGAGAGGGAGUAUGAGAAGGUGAAACACCAGCUUGAGAACCUGGAGGAGAGUGUACGAGACCGCUGCAAGAAGGAAUUCACAGACCUAAUGAUUGAGAUGGAGGACCACACCAAUGACCUGAAUGAGGGACGAAUCCCUUUCCUGGACUACAAGACGUACACAGACCGAGUCUUCUUCCUGCCCUCUAAGGACGGCGCCAAUGAUGUAAUGAUCACAGGGAAGCUAGACAUACCAGAGGCUCGCAAGGCCACCGUGAUUCAGUCUCUCAACCAGUUCUCCAACCUCCUGAACUCCAAGACAUUCCUCAUUAAU